CAAUUUUUGGUAAUUUCCUGUCGACAACUCGUCACUUCCUUCGCGACAAAGAGGACGUUGCCUGGGUUGAGCACGGCGAGUGGAAAUGCCGAAAUUUUACUGUGAUUAUUGUGAUACAUACUUGACACAUGACUCGCCAUCGGUGAGAAAGACACACUGCAGUGGAAGAAAACACAAAGAGAAUGUGAAAGAUUACUACCAGAAAUGGAUGGAGGAGCAGGCGCAGAGCCUUAUUGACAAAACAACUGCUGCCUUCCAGCAAGGAAAGAUCCCACCAACUCCUUUCCCAGGAGCACCUCCUCCUUCAGGAGCCAUGAUACCACCACCCCCCACUAUGAAUGGCCCUCCCCGUCCUGGAAUGAUGCCAGCUCCACCAAUGGGUGGCCCUCCAAUGAUGCCCAUGAUGGGACCCCCACCACCUGGAAUGAUGCAUGUUGGACCAGCUCCAGGAAUGCGUCCACCCAUGGGUGGUCCAAUGCCAAUGAUGCCAGGGCCUCCAAUGAUGCGGCCGCCUUCCAGACCUAUGAUGGUUCCUACCCGGCCUGGUAUGGCACGACCAGACAGAUAACCACCUGAUGAAGCUCAACAGUCUGACACUUCCUAGCUGCCCCCUCAUGUUCCUACCCUAGUUUACUGGUACCAUUUCAUAACAAGUAUAAUUGUCCAGAGGUUUAUGUGUUUUGUUAUCAUACUUGUGAUGUGAAGUGUGUACCAUAUGGUUUAGCAAAACCCUGGUGGUGGGGUGAGGGGAGAGGUUGGGUGCACUGGUCUAUUGUAUCAAGCCUGAUUUCAGGUUUUUAUUUUGGUUUUGUUACUUUUUUUUAAAUAAAGCAAGUUUUCCACACAACAUUGUUCUACUAUUUAAAGAAAAUACAUUUUGAUCAUUACUAUGGCAACUUUUAUUUUAUGUGAAUUGCACAUAGAUGAGAUCAGAAAUUAUGAAACAUGAAUUGCAAUUGCAAAGUGAAAGUGUUUACCUUGCCCGUGCUACAUGAUUGAAAUUUUUUAAAGACACGUAUGCCAUUUUCCAGUUUGACUGCAUUGGUGAUGCAUGUUACAGGUCACCUCAAAAAAGCCAUAAUGGCAGUUAAGUGUCAUCUGAAUUGCUUUAUUUUAUUUUCAUUUAAUGUGGAAAACUCAUUACUGGAUUUUUAAAAUUGUUUUAGUACCUUAUUUGUCAUGUGAAAAAUAAAAUUAAUGCUAAGUCACUGCUUUGUUCAUGUAAAACAACAAAUCUGACAUUUUCCUUGUGUUUUUAAAUAUGUGUAUGUCAACAAUCUAAUUUAUCACUAUUCCAUUGUAGAUGUCAGUUUCUGUAAAAGGAUUCCCCUUAAUCAAAAAAAUCUUGAAAAUGUCUCUAAAUAUUUUUACAUUGUAAUAGCACAGUAUGGUCAGAGACAACUUUGCCUAAAAAUAGACAACAGCCUAAAAUAAAAUUCUGGAAAAACCACCA